AUGGAGAUCCAACCACCUAGCAUUGAACUCAAAGUGCCUUCUGGUGAAAUUGAAAUACCUGAGGGCGCUGCUACAGGAAUUGAUGUAAAAAUGAAAAAGCCACGGAUGUCAUUUGGAUGGUUUUCAAAACCAGAAGUGAAAGCACCCGAGGUUGAUGUCAGUCUUACAAAGGUGGAUAUUUCGCUUACAGAAGGAAAGGUGGAGGUCAAAGAGCCAGAUGUGGAAAUGAAAGCUCCAGAGGUUCAAGUAGAAAUGAAACAUGAUAUUGAGCUUGAGGGACAAGGAAGUAAAUUACCAACAUUUGGACUCUCAUUGCCGAAAGUUAAAGGUCCUGAAAUUGGCUUAAGUCUGUCAAAGACAGAUGUAGAUGUCGACUUACCAGAGGGAAGAGCAGACCUCCAACUACCUGAUUUGGAAGUCGGAGUGUCCUCUGUCGAAGUUGAAAUACCAGAAGCAGGUUCUAAAGAUAUUGAUGUGAAAAUGAAAAAGCCACGAAUGUCAUUCCCCAAAUUUGGAUUUUCAAAACCAGAAGUGAAAGCACGUGAGGUUGAUAUCAAUCUUCCAGAGGUGGAUAUUUCUCUUCCAGAGGGAAAGGUGGAAGUCAAAGAGCCAGAGGUUGAAAUGAAAACCCCAGAGAUUAAAGUUGAUGUGAAAGAUACCGUAGGCUCACCCUCAAGAUUCAAAAUGCCAACUUUAAAAAUCCCUAAAUUUGGAGCAGCUUCUCCAAAUGUCACAAUAGAGGUACCUGAUUUGGACAAGGACAUCAAGGUUCAUGGAACUGAAAUACCUGAACCCAAGCUGACAAUAUCAGCAAUUAACAUAGAAAAGCCAAGUGUUGACCCUAAAGGUCCAUCUAUAGAUGUCGAUGUCAAUCGUAAUAAACGUGCAAUUUUCACUUUACCAGAGGUCAAAAUGGAGGUCCAACCACCUAGCAUUGAACUCAAAUUGCCUUCUGGUGAAGUUGAAAUACCUGAGGGAGCUGCUACAGAAAUUGAUGGAAAAAUGAAAAAGCCACGGAUGUCAUUUGGAUGGUUUUCAAAACCAGAAGUGAAAGCACCCGAGGUUGAUGUCAGUCUUACAAAGGUGGAUAUUUCGCUUCCAGAAGGAAAGGUGGAGGUCAAAGAGCCAGAUGUGGAAAUGAAAUCUCCAGAAGUUCAAAUGGGAAUGAAACAUGAUAUUGAGAUUCAGGGACAAGGAAGUAAAUUUAAAUUACCAAAAUUUGGAUUCUCAUUGCCGAAAGUCAAAGGUCCUGAAAUUGGCUUAAGUCUGUCAAAGACAGAUGUAGAUGUCGACUUACCAGAGGGAAGAGCAGACCUCCAACUACCUGAUGUGGAAGUCGGUGUGCCCUCUGUCGAAGUUGAAAUACCAGAAUCAGGUUCUAAAGGUAUUGAUGUGAAAAUGAAAAAGCCACGAAUGUCAUUCCCCAAAUUUGGAUUUUCAAAACCAGAAGUGAAAGCACGUGAGGUUGAUAUCAAUAUUCCAGAGGUGGAUGUUUCUCUCCCAGAGGGAAAGGUGGAGGUCAAAGAGCCAGAGGUGGAAAUGAAAACUCCACAUAUUCAAGUUGAUGUGAAAGAUACCAUAGGCUCCCCCUCAAGAUUCAUAAUGCCAACUUUUAAAUUCCCUAAAUUUGGAGCAUCUUCUCCAAAUGUCAAAAUACAGGUAUCUGAUUUGGAGAAGGACAUCAAGGUUCAUGGAACUGAAAUACCCAAGGUGACAAUAUCAGCAAUUAACAUUGAAAAGCCAAGUGUUGACCUUAAAGGUACAUCUAUAGAUGCCGAUGUCAAUCGUAAAAAACUUGAAAUUUUCACUUUACCAGAGAUCAAAACGAAGGUCCAACCACCUAGCAUUGAACUCAAAGUGCCUUCUGGUGAAGUUGAAAUACCUGAGGGAGCUGCUACAGAAAUUGAUGUAAAAAUGAAAAAGCCACGGAUGUCAUUUGGAUGGUUUUCAAAACCAGAAGUGAAAGCACCCGAGGUUGAUAUCAGUCUUCCAGAGGUGGAUAUUUCUCUUCCAGAGGGAAAGGUGGAGGUCAAAGAGCCAGAGGUGGAAAUGAAAACUCCAGAGAGUCAAGUUGAAAUGAAAAAUGAAGCUUCAUCAGUUGAUGGAAAACUAGAAACACCAGACAUGGAGGCUAAAACAAAUGAAAUAGGGGUGAAGAAACCACUGAUAUCUUUUCCAAAAAUAGUUUUUUCAAGAUCUGAAAUGACAGCUCCUGAGAUUGGUGUGAUUCCUCCAAAUGCAGACAUUUCCCUCCCAGAGGGAAAAGUGGUCAAAGUGCCUGAGGUGAAAAUUAAAGCUCCAGAGAUUGAAGUUGACAUAAAAGACGUUGUUGGCUCUCCCUCAAGAUUCAAAAUGUCGACAUUCAAAUUCCCUAAAUUUGGUGCAACUUCAAAGGUGGUUGUAGAUGUCUCUGAUAAAGAGAAGGAUAUUGACGUGCCUGGGGUAGAAAUUCUAGAUCAAGUACUAGGAGCUUCAUUUCCAGUUGAUUUAACAGAACCCGGUGAUACAGUUGACCUUAAAGGAUGUAGUGAAGUUCAGCUACAUGUUGCUGGAUCUGAAAGGCCCUCAGUUGAAGAAGGAAUGGCAAUAGCCGAUGUGGAUGUUCAUGAUGUUGACAUUUCAAAACUGACAAUUGAUGAUAAAGGCCAUGGCUCACCCAGGAAAGGUCAAGGCUCACCCAGCAAAGGUCAAGGCUCACCUAGUAAAUUCAAACUUCCGACCUUCAAAAUGCCCAGAUUGAGCAGUUCAAAAUCCAACCUAAGAAUGAACAUGAACAUGAUGAUAUAUGUCCAAAUGUUAUUUUGGAUAAUUAUGAAAUUCAAGUGGAACCACAAGGUCCAGAGAAAUCACCAAAGUUGACUUUGGCAACAUUUGGGGAGGUAUUAAGAAGCAUUGAUGUUGAAUUUGAUGUCCCCACAUUAGAGGAUGUGGAAGAGAAGCUCACAGGCUCAAGGGAAGAAAUAACAGCCUCAAGAAAAACCGAACUAAAUGCUCAACCCAGUGCUGAAACCCAGUCUGUGCAUGAAGAGGAAGAAGCGAAAGAAAAAUCCAAAUUUGUCUGGUUUAAGUUUCCCACAUUUGGACUAUCUUCUCCUUCAGAAUCUGCCAAGAUUUUAGAAAAAGAAACUUCUGAAAAAGAUGCAAGUGAGAAAAGCCCUGCAGGUGACUCUGUGGAACAAGACGCCAGCUUGACCUUCUCAGUGCAGUCAUCGGAUGCUUUUGCAGAUAUCAGUUCUACAGUUACAAGCGAACAAGUUGGUCCGUCAUUGGCCUUUCCAACCAAAGUCACAGUGAAAUACUCUGACCCUAUUGCCACUGAGAUACAGGGUAAUAUCAUUACCUCCACAGCAAGGACAAAAAUGAUCUCUUUUGAACCCUACUUGGCAGAGAAAGUCACCAUUCCAAUGUCCUCUGGAGCUUCCUCCUCAUCAGUGGACACCCUAAAACUGGAGUCUGGUACACAUAUCAUCACAUCCAAUAUACAAGCAAUACCAGACACACAGAAGGCCACACUCUUAACAGAUUUUGGAUUGCAGACAGGGACCGCCGGAGCUUCCUAUGCAUCUUGGUCAGUGGACGACACCAACAAAAUAAAGAGUGAUGGGCAAACAGUUAUUAAGAGGCAUGUAGUUAGGAAAAUGUCAGGCACUGACAGGGAAACGGUUGUCAUAACUCGAAGGGCUGAGCCCAUCUCAGAUGAAACAGCCUCAUCUAUCAAACAGAUGAAAGAAACUAUGCACUCAGAAAAAAUGAAAUUUUUCGAUGGGGCUGAAUUGGAGUGA